AUGAACUCUCUGCAAUUGCUCACUAGUUGCCUUGAUCCAUCUUCUUUUCACACGUCCUCGCCCUCCAUCUUCACCUCCCGUCAACUGUUCAACUGCAAAACCUUAAAUCCCAGCUUCAAGAAUAGAACCCGCUACGGUAAUGUUAUACGAUCGGUCCUCCAAUGGAACAGAAAACCUGAAUUAGCCGGAGAGACUCCCCGUGUUGUCGUCAUCACAUCCGGUAAAGGUGGUGUUGGCAAGACCACCACUACCGCCAAUAUCGGCCUCUCCCUUGCUCGUCUGGGCUUCUCCGUCGUCGCCAUUGACGCCGAUGUUGGUCUCCGCAAUCUCGACCUCCUCCUCGGCCUCGAGAACCGAGUCAAUUACACUGCCGUUGAGGUCCUCAAUGGCGAUUGCCGCCUUGACCAGGCGCUAGUCCGCGACAAGCGUUGGUCCAACUUUGAGCUUCUCUGUAUUUCGAAGCCUCGAUCUAAGAUCCCACUUGGGUUCGGCGGAAAAGCUCUAAUUUGGGUUGUGGAUGCCUUAAAAGUCCGCCAAGAAGGUUGCCCAGAUUUCAUUCUCAUUGACUGUCCUGCGGGCAUUGAUGCUGGGUUCAUUACUGCUAUAACUCCGGCCAAUGAAGCAAUCCUUGUCACCACUCCCGACAUUACCAGCUUGAGAGAUGCCGACCGGGUAACAGGUUUGCUCGAAUGUGAUGGAAUCAAGGAUGUUAAGAUGAUUGUAAACCGAGUUCGGACGGAUUUGAUUAGAGGAGAGGAUAUGAUGUCAAUUCUCGAUGUUCAGGAAAUGUUGGGGUUGGCUCUGUUAGGAGCGAUUCCUGAUGAUGCCGAGGUAAUUCGGAGUACGAAUAGGGGGUACCCACUUGUAUUGAAUAAGCAGCCGACAUUGGCUGGACUAGCGUUUGAGCAAGCGGCAUGGAGGCUUGUUGAGCAGGAUAGCAUGACGGCUGUCAUGAUGGAGGAGGAACCCAAAAGGCGCGGCUUUUUCUCCUUCUUUGGAGGUUAGCAGAUAGCAACUGAACUCACUUCAACUGGUGCUUCUCAACUUCUGCAAUUCUUUGGAUUCCA